AUGGCGGCAGGUACCGUGGCCUAUAAGGACCGGCAGUUCCUUGCUGUCAUCGGCGACGAAGACUCCGUAACUGGUCUCCUGCUCGCCGGAAUCGGGCACGUCACAGGACCCCCAGACGCCCAACGGAACUUCCUCGUCGUCGACGCAAAGACCGAGAACUCCACGAUCGAGAAAGCGUUCCAGAACUUCACUCAGGAACGAAACGAUAUCGCCGUUCUCCUGAUCAACCAACAUGUCGCAGAGCGCAUCCGACACGUCGUUGAUUCCUACUCCGAAGCCUUCCCUGCUGUUCUCGAGAUCCCAAGCAAAGACCACCCAUACGACCCUGAGAAGGAUAGUGUUCUGAAGCGAGUGCGUCGGUUAUUCGGUGAAUAG